AUGACGCAACUGAACAUAAAUUCUGUUAUAUCUCGUGUUAUUGACGAAUUAAUGCAAGAGGGAAAUCAAAUCGACGAGAACCAAUUGUUAGAAGCUUUACGACAGCGUGGUAUCGUUGACGAAAUUGUGAAAUCACUCAAAUUCCAGGAUAAUCAAACAACCACCAAGGAAAUGACCGAUAACUAUAAUAAUCAAGCGGUACAAUCAAUGAAAAUUGAUCCUUCUAAACGAUAUUUGUACGUCCAAAUGUUGGGAGGUAGAGCUUUCCUAGAGCAUAUUUUAGACGAAGAUAGAAGUACAGAAAAGAAUUAUAACGGGACACUUUCUAUUCAUAUUCAUUUUCGUCAGCAACGAUUUCAAUCACGUCCUAUUCUAUGUGCGUGUGAGCCCGAUUUAAGGGAUGGGUUCUUACUGCAAUUGCCACAACAUAAAGUUUCUGCCAGAAGUGAUCCGACAUCUUUACUAUCUAUUGCUGAACCAAUCCAUUUACUUCUAAUUCGAAAUGAACCUAAUGGCGACAAAACUUUGUUAAGCUCGACUUAUCUAGAAUGGAGGAAAGUAUUAAGUUCCUCACAUAAUCGUUGGACGACUGCUGUUGAAUUAAAUGGUAUCGGCCCUGAAGCUAAGCUAUCGGUUGGGCUAUUAGAUCUGAAAAUAGAAUUAAUUCCUCGCAGUCUAGAGGAAUUAUCGAAAGAUGUGGUUGAAGCCCAAUUUAAGCUCGAACAUAAUCGAGCUACUGAAAAGGAACGCUUGUUUUUGGUCUAUGCUAAACGAUGGUGGCAAGAAUACAUCCAGAUCAGACCAGUGCAUAGCAAAAGACUCGUCAAGAUAUUCGCCCAAGAUGAAAAUGCAGUGAAUCGUUUCGUUUGCUCAUAUUUAAAACCCUUAAGAUCUCAACGUUUCCUAGAUACACCGCGCCAAGCCGCUCGAUUUGUUAGCCUACUUGCGUAUGAAGAAGCGCCUAUAGUUGGCGGAGGCAGUCGAAGCGAAGUUUGGAGUAAUACGUUGGCAUUUUUGUGUAAAAAGAAAGGCGACUGCGAAGAUCAUUCAUUGUUACUUUGUAGUCUUCUCGUUGGCUUUGGAUUGGAUGCUUAUGUUUGUAUUGGUACUAACGCGAAAGGUUUAUUUUGUACCUGGGUUGCUACGAUUGGAGUCGAUCAUUCAGUUGUAUUUUGGGAUAGUUUAACUGGCCAAAGAUUUAACCAUAACCCAAUCAAUCCAGAUGAUCCACCGUUAAAAAAGCAAAUCAAAGUUGAUCAUCCUUUUAAAACAAUUGGAUCGGUCUUUAAUCAUAAAUCGUUUUACGCUAAUUGUCAGCCAUCGGAUAAUGUUGACUGUUGUUAUUUCGAGCUCAACAAGGAGACAAAAUGGAAGGCUAUGAAUGAAGAUGUUAUUAAAUCAAAUUGUGAAAAUAUCUUAGUGCCAUCUUGGGCUACGGCACCACCCUUAUCCCCUUCUAAAAUUGAUCCAGUGAUUAUUAGCGCUGAAUUGGAACGAGAAUUACAAUCUUUAAUAACUGAUUACAGAAAGGAUUUAGAUCUAUCGACCAUUUGGGAUGAUAAUUUAAGCUAUAUCUUAACAUCGGCGUUAGCAGCAUAUGAAUUAGAGAGGUGUACUGGUAUUUCUAUCGGAAAUGAAGAAUUCCAGCAUGCUAUAAGGAGAGCAGUACCUGAGAGGCAUACGUUUAAAGGUUUUCCAAUUCAGUUUGUCCAUCGAGAUAUGAGAAGAGCCCUCGCCUCGUCAUUGAAAUCGCCAGUGUGUGAAGAAAUACUAGGUUGUCGGGGUGAUUUGGUCCGCUUAGCACUACGAGUGAGAAUUUUUACCUACGCUGAAGAUGUAUCUGCCGUAUGGAUAAUGUUUGCGGUAACAUAUCGUUCUGUGCUUUAG